AUGUCUAAUCAAGGUGACUACAACCAGAAUCAAAACCAACAAGGUGGUUAUCAACAAUAUAACCAACAAGGUGGAUACCAACAGUACAACCAACAACAGUACCAACCUCAACAAGGCUACCAACAAUACAACCAACAACAGUUCCAACCACAACAAGGUUACCAACAGUACAACCAACAACAGUUCCAACCACAACAAGGUUACCAACAAUACAACCAACAACAAUAUCAACCACAACAAGGUGGAUACCAACAAUAUAACCAACAAGGUGGUCAACAAAAUUACAACCAACAAGGUUACAAGAAGAACUACAACCAAAACUACAAUCAACAAGGUGGCUACCAAAACUACAACCAACAAGGUGGUUACCAAAACUACAACCAACAAGGUGGUUACCAAGCUAAUAAUGGCCAACAAUCUCAAGGUAUGUCUUUAGAUGACUACCAAAAGCAACAAACCAAAACUGCUGCACCAAAGGUUAAGAAGACCUUGAAACUAGUCUCUAGUUCUGGUAUCAAGCUAGGUAAUGCUCCAAAGAAGGAAGAAGCUCCAAAGCCUACUGAAGCUCCAAAGACUGAUGCUGUCGAAAGUGAAACCAAACCAGAAGUUACUAAAACCGAAGAAUCAUUACCAGAUGUAAAGGCUCUAAAGAUCUCUGAUGAAGCUCCAACUCCAGCUCCAAAGAAGGAAGAUGGUGUUGAUGCUUUAAUUAAAGAACAAGAAGAUGAAGUUGACGCCGAAGUCGUUAACGAUAUGUUUGGUGGUAAAGAUCACAUGUCUAUCAUUUUCAUGGGUCACGUCGAUGCAGGUAAGUCUACUAUGGGUGGUAACUUGCUUUACUUGACUGGUUCUGUUGAUAAGAGAACUGUCGAAAAGUAUGAAAGAGAAGCCAAGGAUGCUGGUAGACAAGGUUGGUACUUGUCCUGGGUUAUGGAUACUAACAAAGAAGAAAGAAAUGAUGGUAAGACUAUCGAAGUCGGUAGAGCUUAUUUUGAAACUGAGAAAAGACGUUAUACCAUUUUGGAUGCGCCAGGUCACAAGAUGUAUGUCUCUGAAAUGAUUGGUGGUGCUUCUCAAGCUGAUGUAGGUAUUCUUGUUAUUUCUGCUAGAAAGGGUGAAUAUGAAACCGGUUUCGAAAAGGGUGGUCAAACUCGUGAACAUUCUCUAUUGGCUAAGACCCAAGGUGUCAGCAAAAUGAUUGUUGUUGUUAACAAGAUGGAUGAUCCAACUGUUGACUGGUCCCAAGAACGUUACGACCAAUGUGUUAAGAACUUGUCUAAUUAUCUAAAGGCUAUUGGCUACGGUAAGGAUGAUAUGAUUUUCAUGCCUGUUUCUGGUUAUACUGGUGCUGGUCUAAAAGAUCCAGUUGAUCCAAAGGUAUGUCCAUGGUACAAGGGUCCAACUCUUCUAAACUACCUAGAUAGUAUGACUCACGUCGAUCGUCAUAUCAACGCUCCUUUCAUGCUUCCAGUUUCCUCUAAGAUGAAGGACAUGGGUACCGUAGUUGAAGGUAAGAUUGAAUCUGGUCAUAUUAAGAAGGGUCAAUCUACAUUAUUGAUGCCAAACAAAAUUUCUAUUGAAAUUCAAAAUAUUUACAAUGAAACUGAAAGUGAAGUCGAGAUGGCUGUUUGUGGUGAACAAGUCAAACUAAGAAUUAAGGGUGUCGAAGAAGAAGAUAUUCAACCCGGUUUCGUAUUGACCUCUCCAAAGAAUCCUAUCAGAUCUGUCACCAGAUUUGUUGCUCAACUUGCUAUUGUUGAAUUGAAAUCUAUUAUGUCCGCAGGUUUCUCCUGUGUGAUGCAUGUCCAUACUGCCAUCGAAGAAGUUCAAAUUACAAGAUUAUUACAUAAAUUAGAAAAGGGUACUAACCGUAAGUCUAAGAAACCACCUGCUUUUGCCAAGAAGGGUAUGAAAAUUAUUGCUGUUUUGGAAACUGAAGCUCCUGUUUGUGUCGAAACUUACGAUGACUAUCCACAAUUAGGUAGAUUCACUUUGAGAGAUCAAGGUACUACUAUCGCUAUCGGUAAAAUUGUCAAAUUACUUGAUUAA